GGAGUGGAGCGGAGCGGUAACCAGAGCGCAGCGCCGCUGUGUCCGGGCACUGCGGCUGGAGCGGCGUGAGAGCGGCGUGUGCGCGUCACAAGCAGCCCACAGUGUCCCUCUGUCACCCCCUGCUGUCCCCGCUCACGUCCUCCCGACCCCUCCUCCAGCGCAGAGCCGAGUUCCAAGCGCAUAGGUCCGCACGGAGGAGCAGCAGCGUGAAGCCGGGGUGGAAGGACGCACGGGCAUGACGCAGCCGACGCACGGAUCGCUGUCUGGAGGAACACCGCGUUAAAGCAGCUUUUGGAUUAUCUGAGGCGGAUUAUAUUUUCCAGUGGUGGGUCUGGGUGGGGAGCGGAGCGCGGGCUGGAGAGAGGUUGGAGCGGGCCGGUGAUGCAGCAGAGGUGCACCGGGCAGAAGCAGCCAGAGUGGGAGCAGGUGGAGGGCCAGACCGUCGCUCUCCAGCCGCCGCUCCGCCCCUGUCCAGCUGCAUAGGCGCUGGUAUCGACGUUUCCCCCAGUUUGACCCGAGCCAGAUGCGCCAUGACGUUUCCAGUCGCCCUUAUGACAGCGCGUUUCACGUUUCAGGUUUGGCUCUGCACCUAAACGCACGGGAGGAGGAUGGAUUUACCCCUAGAAGAGAUUACUUCUAAAUAUAGAUAUAGGAAAUAUUUAGUAUAAGGUAGUAUCAGUAUCUUAGUUAUUAUGAGUGGGUUGUUCAUAGAAUAAAUCCAAGUCAGUAUGUGUUAUUAUAAUGUUACAGUGACAUUUUAAGACAAGUAAAAAGACCCUAGAGUGAUAUUAGUAGCCAGAUGGUUUGGACAGAAGCCACAACACAAAGUUUAAUAGCCAGUUUGCAAUGUUAGUGUAGCACUGUAGAACUUAAAGCAGUCUAUAUGUAAAACCUGCACAUGUCAGCUCCGUUACUCAUCUCCUUGGAUAUACUUUUUGGCCACAGAAAGGUUUGUUUUGACUGACAUAGCUGCAUUACACAGGCUAAAAACUUGAAUUAGAAGUGACUGGACAUACUUCUUCUUAGAUUUUUCUGUUUUUGCACGAGCUUUCCUAAGUAUUGCAUUAUUUUAAAGCCAAACGGUACAGAUUUACAUCAAGUCAUAUGUGAAUAACUGGGAAUGUCAACUCUGUCGCCUGGAUCUUAUGUUGUUUGAUAUAUUUUCUGGACUUGGAUCUGCUCAUUUUUUCAAACAUUGACACAUUUUUCAUUUUGCCAAAUUUAAAUUCGUAUUGACUGAACCUUAAGAUACAGUGUGAAGCUUAGAGGCAUUUCAAGUCAUAUUUGAACACCUGUUUACGUCAACUCUGUCACCUGGAUCAUACAUUAUUGGAUAUAUUUUCUGCACUCGGACUAGUUUUGAAGUUUGGAUUUUUGCCUGCAGUUUCAUACUUUUUAGUGAAACUCAACAUACGGCGUAAAGUCUAGAAUGUCAAGUCAUAUCUGAACACCAGGUUACAUCAUUUGGAUCACCUGGAUUACACCUAUCGCCCGGUACCUGUGGACGUCACCAUGUUACCAGGUGUGGGCGUGUUCGGCACCAGCCUGACGGCGCGGGUCAUUGUGCCGCUGCUGCAGAAAGAGGGCUUCAGCGUGCGGGCUCUGUGGGGGCGGAGCCAGGAGGAGGCGGAGGAGCUGGCGCAGGAGAUGGGUGUGGCCUUCUACACCAGCCGUAUCGACGACGUUCUGUUGCACCAGGACGUGGACCUGGUCUGCAUCAACCUGCCCCCUCCCCUCACGCGCCAGAUCGCCGUCAAGACCCUCGGUAUCGGUAAAAACGUGAUAUGCGACCGCACCGCCACCCCAUUGGACGCCUUCAGGAUGAUGUCAGCGGCGCAGUACUACCCCAAACUGUUGAGCAUAAUGGGAAAUGUGCUGCGCUUCCUGCCUGCCUUCGUCCGCAUGAAGGAACUGGUGGAGGAGGGAUACGUGGGUGAGCUGUUGGUGUGUGAGGCUCAGGUGCACAGUGGCAGUCUGCUUGGGAAGAAGUACAACUGGAGUUGUGACGACCUGAUGGGAGGGGGCGGCCUGCAUUCAGUGGGCAGUUACAUCAUCGACCUGCUGACCUUCCUGACCAGCCAGCGCGCCAUCAAGGUCCACGGCUUCCUCAAGACGUUCGUCAAGCAGACCGCCCACAUCUGCGGCAUCCGUCAAAUCACCAGCGACGACUUCUGCACCUUCCAAAUGGUGCUGGAGGGCGGGGCCUGUUGCACAGUAACGCUAAACUUCAACGUCCCGGGAGAGUUCCGCCAAGAGGUGAUCGUCGUAGGAACAAUUGGCCGGCUAACGGUGUCUGGCACAGAUUUGUAUGGACAGAAGAACGUUGGCGCACCAGAACUUUUGCUCAAAGACUCCACACCGCUUGAAAAGUCUGCUUUUCCAGAGAAGGCGUUCAGCGACAUUCCGGCGCCGUAUCUGAUCGGGACAAUUCGGAUGAUCCAAGCGGUCCGGGAAGCAUUCCAGGAUCAGGAUGACCGCCGGACAUGGGAUGGGAGGCCUCUCACUAUGGCAGCAACAUUCGAGGACUGCCUGUACGCUCUGUGCGUGGUGGACACCAUCAAGAAGUCCAACCAGAGCGGAGAGUGGCAGAGCAUCGCGGUGAUGACGGAGGAGCCCGAGGUCAGCCCCGCCUACCUGAUCAGUGAGGCCAUGAGGCGCAGUCGUAUGUCCCUCUACUGUUAGCACCAGACCGAGCUGUGAAUGUCAGCUGAGGGGGAGAGGAACCGGAGGAACCAGGGGAGAUGUUUGGCUGUUCACACCUGGAGUUAGCAAUGUUUUAAGGAGGGGUUUAAGGAGAACAAUGCCACGCAAAAUGUCAAAUUUACCACAAUUAUUAACCAUUAUGUAGUCAAGUUUUUCAUACCAAAUUGAAUUAAAUCCACAUCUAAAACUGCAUUACUUAAAGAUGCACUGUGUAACUUUCCUGGUGGACGGUCUGCCACCAUGUUUCCAUAUGUUUAUGGGUUUCAAACUAACAAUUCCUUUCUGGUUUGAAGGAUCCCGUGAGGCCCCUCCACCAAAAGAUAUAAUAUUUUGAUUUGAAAUGCUUAAUUAUACGGAGGACGGUUGCCAUAGUUUGAAACCUAUGAAUAGAUAUUGGUACUUUUCCGUUUCGAGAAAGUGUGCCAUAGGGGAAGGAGGGGGUAAGAGACAGAUUACCCUAUUGAUUACAUUGGACUACCAAGAAAUAUCCAAAAAGUAAAUCCACAAAUGUUGAACCUGAUCAUUUCUCAGUGACCAGACCCCAAAAGCUACAUAUAACCAUAUUAUUUUAGCUUCCCCUCAUGUGUAUUAAAUAUUAUUGCCCAAUAGAAUGUUUUGAUGUCAUCUGUAACCCAUUUUCCUGUUUUUCAGAUGAUAUCACAAUGUUCUAUUAACAGAUAAAAUGUUAUACAAAUCGGGACAGUUAAAAUUCAGAUUGUAUAAAUGCAGGUUUUGGUGUUUGUAUGUGAGUUCUAGGGUGUAGCUGUAGUAGAAAUGAUCAAGUUUAACAUUUCUGCAUUACCUUUUGGACAUCCCACGGGAAAGUACAAUGUAAUCAGUAGGUCCUGGCUCUUGUCCCCCGUCUGAGAGUAUGACAUCAUCACAUUGUAGCAUCUGAAAACCACCAAUUGUGCUUUGAAUAGUUCCGCAGUAUAACAUUAAGCAUAUCUCACCUGACAAGUGACACCACCAGGCCGAGUUACGUGUCAGAUCUGUGGAGAGGCGACCCCACUCACAGUAAGAACGCAUGUUUUUCCAAGAUAUAGACUAAUCCAGGUAUGUUUGGAUGUUCACACGCAACAUUGUACCAUUAAAAAGUUGAAAAUAUGUCUCUUUAAAAUAUAUGCAAGCAAUUUAUCCUGUCAAUGCUUGUUAACUUCAGGUGUGAAUGCAACUUUAACCAAAAUAGCUAAACAUAAAAUAAGAAAAAAUCUAAUUAAAAACUGACUACCAUCUCUCCAUCACAUGCUGCCUCUACAAUAGACAAAGAACUGUCCUAUAGAACUGCACAUAAAAGAUACUACUGCUGCGCCCCCAUUUAAACCCACGGACCUGUCUGGAUCAAUGGCUGCUGUCCGCUGGGUUGUUUACACUGAAUAUGAACCAAUGGCUGCUGUCCUUACUGUGAUGUCAGACUGCUGUAUAUGUCAUGUGCAGAGGAGAGAGGAUGGGACAGGGCGCAGGUGAGACGGGAAAUUAUUGUGUAAUAAUGAAUAUUAUUUGAGUUUGGUUAUUGCUUUUUUAAGUAUUCUGAGCGAUGUGUCCAAGUAAGUUCCCUUCAAAUUUUUCAACAUCUGAAAAAAUAAAAGAUAUAUAUUUAAGCGAAAAAAUAACCUACAAAUGGGAAGUUUUUGGGUUUUUUUUUGUCUUUCAGUGAAAUUUAAAAAUGAAACAAGUCUUAAAAGCUAAACUAAAACACUGACUUAAAGCAGAACUAAGUAACUUCACUUGAAAUAAGGCAGGAGGUCACAUACAAAAAAUAUAGAACGUUGCCAAAUAUAUAAAAAAGAGCCAGUGUUUCCCAGGAGAAAUCUCACUGGGGUGGAUUUGGACAUGUUCCAAGGCUGGUUUUCCUUCAAACAGCCUGACAAUACAUGUUUAUGGACUUACAAUGACAUUUAAAUAAGUUAAAUGUUACUUUGUUGUGCUUAAAAAAAUAUUAGAUUAAUAUUUGUAAUUUAAGAUGGUUUUAACUUAAAGGGCCCGUAUUACGCUAUUUUCUGAUCUGUUAUAAUGCUGUUUCCUCAUCAAAAACAUACCCAGAGUUGUUUUUAAACGUUUGUAUUUAUUUAUGUAAUUCUGGAUUUUGUGGAGUUUGCAUGUUCUCGCUGUGUCUUGGUGGGUUUCCUCUUUGGUCAAUAUGCCAAUCCUACAGUUAGGUACUCGCCUCACCAGAUCUGAGUCUGGAGAUGGGUCCCCAGCCCAUAGCAGCAUAGGAUGGGAGAAAUGGAGAGGUUAAAUCUACGUACUUGUGCUCUAUGUGGCUUUGAUGGCUACACACUUGACUUUGACUGUUAAAAUCCAAAGUACACCAAAUAUAAUGUAACUAAUCCAUGUGGUAUAAAAAUAGUGUCACAACAGCUCAAUUACGUUUCCCUCUGAUCAAUAAAAGUGAAAGAACAUCCCUGAUCCCGCCCCCUGCCCAUAUUUGGACACAUCCUCUCUCCAUGUGGUGUGCUGAAGUACUACCUGUGUAUUGUCUACUGCAACUGUACAUAGUAUGAACAUAUGAUCAACUGCGAUGUGUUUAAGUCUGUAUGUUUAUGUGCUGUAGCCUGGGACAUGUUAUUUAUUUGAAUAAAGUGACUAGG